UGUUUGGUUUUUUGUUUUUGUGUUUUCAUAAUUUAUAAGACACGAGAUGCGGAUGCUUCUAGAGCUCCCAAUUGGGUGGAACGAAUAGUACAAACUUCAAUUCCAAUAAGCUAGCUUUAGUAACUAUAACAGAAUUUACAUUCUAUCCCCUGCCACCCCACCCUCAACCCUUGCGCCAACUGGAAUAGAGCUUUUUUCUCUGGCAACACAUGUGCGGGUCUAGCGUCGUAAUCUAUUAAUACAUUUCUCUGGCUUUUAUCGUUCCGGCUAACAAAUGGCUGUCCAAGCUGUAAAAUUAUUGCAAUCCACCGUGGCCAACUGGCAGCGCCAUUUGGCAACGAAGGCCAAACUGCAUCCCAUGGCCAAAGGAGCCUUAACGUAUGCAAUUAUGUGGCCCACUGGAAGUCUCAUACAACAGACACUGGAGGGACGACAUUUUGGCAACUACGAUUGGCAGCGUGCCUUGCGCUUUAGUCUCUUUGGUGCUUUAUAUGUGGCUCCCACUCUCUAUGGUUGGGUCCGUCUCAGUAGUGCCAUGUGGCCACAGACUAAUUUUCGCAUAGGCAUAAUUAAGGCCAUAACCGAACAAAUAUCCUAUGGACCUUUUGCCUGUGUUAGUUUCUUUAUGGGCAUGAGUCUGCUGGAAUUUAAGACCUUUUCUGAGGCCAUUGAUGAGGUCAAAGAGAAGGUAGCACCGACUUAUAAGGUGGGCGUGUGCAUUUGGCCAUUUAUACAGACAAUUAACUUUGCAUUGGUACCUGAGCAUAAUCGCGUUGUAUUUGUGAGCAUUUGCAGUCUGAUGUGGACCAUUUUUCUGGCCUUUAUGAAAACGCAUCAUCCGACAGAAUUGACGGAGCACUCCCAUCAAGAGUCCCUGGCUGAGACGCAAUCGUAGUCCCAUUCUCACUUUCUUUAUAUGUGUGUGUGUGUACAUAUUUGCCUAAGAUUCCUUAGCCAUUGUUGUUGUUAUACUAGUUUUUAAGUGUAAGGUAACGUUUCAGCGCUCUUAGGACGAAAAUAAUUUUAAUAAUGUCGAAGUUUACAACAAAUUUCAUUUGUUGUGCGGUAUAGAACAAUUUGUAGACAAUAAAAAUACAAAAUCUA